UCUCUGUCGAACCUUCUUCUUCCUCAUAACUUUAAAAUCAAAAUAAGCUAAGUAUUCUCAUCUGAUUUACAAAACUUGCCGAGUCUGAGUCAGUUUAUCAAUUCUUUUUUUCUGUCUUUGCCUGGCUUUGCACUCAAAAUCAUUGUGUGAUAAAAUGGCGAGUUUAAUUAGAAGAUCACUGUUAUUACGAACAUUUUGCCGUGCAAAGAGAGUUACGUGCCGCUCACAAUACGUCCAUCAAGAAAGUGCCGGCGCAGAGUGGAGUAAUUCAUCUAAAGAGAGCAAUGAAACCCAUUUUGGAUUUCAAACUGUCAAAGAGAGCGAAAAAGCUGACAAAGUGUAUGAAGUCUUUGAAGAAGUUGCCCAGUCAUAUGAUAAAAUGAAUGAUGCCAUGAGUUUUGGAAUCCACAGACUCUGGAAGGACAUUUUUGUGGACAGGUUAGCACCAAGCAAACCCUGCAAAAUUUUAGACGUUGCUGGUGGAACAGGUGACAUAGCUUUCAGAAUUGCACAAUAUCUCAGAAACAGCGAUGGAAGUGGUAUAACCGUCUGUGAUAUCAAUCAAGCAAUGUUGGACGUUGGCCGGAAAAGAGCAUCAGAACUGGGCUUUUCUGGUAUGGAGUGGCUGCAGGGUAACGCUGAAUGCCUUUCUUCGAUAGCAGACAACACCUAUGAUUCUUACACUAUUGCGUUUGGCAUUAGAAAUGUCACUCACAUUGAUAAAGCCCUGAAAGAAGCCUACAGAGUGUUGAAGCCUGGUGGUCAGUUCAUGUGUCUCGAAUUCAGCCAAGUUCAGAAUGAAAAUUUGAGAUGGUUGUACGACCAAUAUUCGUUCCAGGCCAUCCCUGUCAUGGGCCAGCUGAUCGCCGGCCAGUGGAAGGCCUACCAGUACCUAGUCGAGAGCAUCAGGCAGUUUCCCAAUCAGGAGGAAUUCGCCGGCAUGAUUGAACGCGCUGGCUUCGCUUUCGUCCGGCAUGAGAACCUGACCUUCGGUGUUGUUGCUAUUCACAGCGGACACAAGCUGUAGCAGGCAUACAAAACGAAUAAAAGACUUGCGCUAGGGAA